UAGUAUGAUAUCGACAUUAUCAAUGUAAGCAUCCCAAAAUAAUGCUCUUGUAACUUUGUUGUUACGAAGUGGUACGCUUACUUCCUUCUUGUUUUCUGGAAAAUACAGAUAGAUAUUUUCCUUACUAUACUUUACUUAUGAAUACACUUAUUGUUUAUGCGACCGGACAAAUAAAAAGGACAUACUAUGCUUGAGAUUCAAGGUAUUCUCGGUAGGUUUUUUAUGACUUCCAAUAGUUUCGGUAUAAUUUUUGUAGCACGACUUCUUUAUUGUGGGUAAACCCGUUGUAAAAACUUGCUAAUUUUAGUCUGUUUCGGAUAAAGACAAAUAUGCACAAGCCAUAAGAUUACUUGUACACUCUGUUUACAACUUCUUUCAUUGACAAAAAAUUCAAUACUAAACUAAUGGUUUUAGUGAAAAGAAUCUCAUUUACAUGACAUUGAGCACAACAAAUAUUUUUCGGCCCACCCUCGGUCUGGUUGAGACACCUUCUAACUAUUUAUCACUGAAUUAAAUUGGGAUUUACUCGUACUACACAAUAUAUACUGUGAAAUUGAAUUAAAUUCUCUCCGAAUAUUAAGAUACUCAUGCAACAACUUACAUUUAUAUUAAAAAUUUAGCGGCAUAAAGUAUAUUUGAAAUUUAUGGCUCUCUAUGUUCAGUUACACACAUGUUAGUGUGGCUCUCUGCUGUCUAAUUAAGUAUAAAAAGCAAGUCCCUCGCAGCACAUCAGUUUAGUUGAAUACGAAGGCUGUUGGUGCAUAUUAGUUACAUACAUAGUUGUCAAAAUGUGUAGAAUAAAGAGCAUAGUGAUUUCACUGUGGAUCUUAGCGUGUGCUACAAAAUCAUUGGAGUCCGCAAAGAUACUCGCUGUAUUUCCUUUCACGGGUCCAUCGCAGUAUAUAUGUGUGCAGUCGUAUUUGAGGACAUUGGCGUCACGUGGACAUGAGAUCACUUCAGUUUCGGCAUUUCCACAAAAAACUCCCUUAAAAAAUUUUCGUGAUAUAACACUACAAAUAGAGCAAUCGCAUCAUGAUGAGUCAGUAAUCAAUGCAAUCGGAGAAAUGUCUGAAAGUAAAUUAGACCAAAUGAAAAUGGUUAAGGAUUAUAUAUUAUUGACUUCUUUGGUGAUAUUGAAGAAUGAAGAAUUUCAAAAACUAUUGCACUCAAACGAACAGUUUGAUCUCAUCAUUAUCGAAGUAUUCUGCCAAGAUUCACUCUACGCAUUGGGUCAUCAUUUCAAAGCGCCUAUGAUUGGUGUCUCUACAUUCGGCACAGAUGUUGUGAUCGACCAGUUGGUGGAUAACAUUUCGCCGGUGGCGUAUGUACCAGCGCCUAGCGGCAAGAAUUUGGAUCGUAUGAACUUCUGGCAACGCCUAGAUAACUUAGUUGCUUACACCAUAGAACUUAUGUAUAAUCAUUUAGUUAUAAUACCGGAACAACAGCGUUACUAUGAAAAGUAUUUCCCUAAUGCGACUGUGCGCUUAGCAGAUGUGCGCAGGAAUUUUUCUCUUUUGUUGUUAAAUCAACAUUACUCAUUCAGUUGGCCACGUCCAUUAGUGCCAAGUGCAAUCGAAGUGGCUGGCAUGCAUAUUGAUCAUAAACCAAGUAAAAUACCAGACGAUAUGGAAGCUUUUAUAAGUGCCUCCACUAGAGGUGCUAUCUACUUCUCAAUGGGUUCGAAUGUAAAGAGCGCAUUUUUGCCGAAACAUACUUUGCAAGAGAUUAUGAACGCAUUUGCCUCACUACCCGUGAAUGUGUUGUGGAAAUUUGAGAAACCAGACCUAGCCGGCAAACCAAAGAAUGUAUAUAUUAACAAAUGGUUCCCCCAACCGGAUAUACUUGCUCAUCCUAAAGUGAAACUUUUCAUUACACAUGGUGGCAUGCACAGUCUGAUAGAAGCAGUGCAUCAUGGCAAACCGAUUGUGGGUAUGCCAGUGUUCUACGAUCAAGAUUUGAAUGUGCAAAAGGCGGUAAGUAAAGGUUUCGGUAUUGCUCUAAACUUUCGAAAUUUCACCAGCACCGAGUUGCGUGAUGCCAUUCUAAAGGUAUUGAACAAUCCCACGUAUACCGAAAGAGCACGAGAGAUCUCGGCGAUUUUCCAUGAUCGCCCUAUGAAACCGCUAGAAGCGGCAAUCUAUUGGACUGAAUAUGUGCUGAGACAUAAAGGUGCGCCACAAAUGCGUGUGGCCGCACGUCAUUUAAAUUUCUUACAACGCCAUAGUGUUGAUACAAUCGCUGUGUUAUUUGGUAUUCCAUUGUUGUUGAUUAUAUUUAUAACCCGUGGUGCUUACAAAUUAAUUGUGAAAUUUUUUACUUGUAAGGAACCUGCUCACAAGAAGCGCAAGCAUGAUUAAAAUUAAGUAGAUAUUUAAGUUAAGGGUAAUUUUAGUAGCAAAACAUUGCUAUUUACAUAAUUCUAAAUAUUGGAUUAACAUUUAAUCCCCUGUUACCUAUAUAUUAUAUUAUAAAUAAAUAAUGUAAACAAGA